AUGCCCCGACGUGGUGGGCCCAUCGUUGCGGAGUUGCAAGGCAAUGUUCUUGUGGAGUCGACACCCACCAAUUCAGCAAGUUCCCAAGAUCACUCCGCCGAACAGCUCCAUCCCAAUGAAGAAGCGACACAACUGGUUGACGAUUACGACUCCGACAGCGACCCGCCAUCCAGCCUGGGGGCUUCCCUUUUCGUCCCUGGACCACCCGUGCCAGCCGAACCUGAAAAGCAGUCAGAGAACACCUCCGAGUGGGUCGCGACCCAGGCGGCUACUCAAGUCGUGGAUGAAGUUGCAACCCAGUUAGACGAGCCAACGACUGUUGCAGGGGCGUCUCACUAUGCCACAGCCCAUACCACAACCGGUCCCUCGGUGCAAUCCGCUCAGCCUAAUAACGUCGGCCCCCGCUCACUGCUUGGCCUUGUACCUCCCGGCAAUCGAUAUCGCUACAAUAAUUACAGAGGUCCCCAAGUUCAGCAGCAGCCACCCCAGCCUCCUGCCGUCCCGUCUACUACCACCUCCGCCGGUCCUGCGCUCCCUUAUUACAACUUGCUCGACCCUACUCAACGAAAUAACCUUAGUCAAGCCAACUGGGAGGAAACUCAGCCAAACUAUGUGCCGCCUCCAGCGCCUUCAAGCCCGGUCCCACCUCCAGCGGACGUCAGUGGAUCCCGUGUACAGGAUGUCGGCUCGGAUGAUGCCAUGGACAUUGUACCAGAUUCUGAGGCUCAACGCCUUGGUCCGCAAAAGCCUGCAAGUGAUGUCGAGAUGCAGAGCGAUGAAGAAGAGAGCCCGGCGCAUGCUCCCAAGAACAAGAAACCAGAGUCAAAGGGCAGUAACGUUGUGGUUCCCUCCUCAGAGUCAGAGGAAGAGUCGGAUACCAAUUCCGAUGAGAGGCCAACCAAGCGACGGGCGAUUGAGCGGGAACAGGAAUCCGAAGAAGACGAUAUCCCUUUGGCGAGCAACGCUAAGAGAACGAAAAAUGUGGCAAAAACUGCAAACAAAGGAAAGGCCAAAUCAAUAGCCACAGAAGAGGGUGUGAAGCCGCCAUCGAAUUCCAAACCCGCCCAGACAGGAAGAACCGCGAGGAAGAAACCCGAACCCGUUCCAGCCGUCACGACGCGUGGUAUGCAGAAGAAGGCCAACAUCGCCAAUCGUUCAUGGGAGACUGGUGUCGUCCCUUCAUCCAUUCCCGAAGAAGAGGUUACCCCUGCCCCAGCUGCUGGGAAGCGGAAGGCCAAAGGAAAGAAGCAGGCAGCGAGGGCACCGGCAGCCAAAGGCCGGAAGCCUUUGGAAGAUGAAGAAGAGGUCGAGGCAACCGACGAGGAGGGAGGCGGCGACGGCCCUGAAGGCGGCGAAGUGGAAUCGACACCUGCGCCUAGUGGCCCGUCCAGAGGCAACAAGAGAAAACGCGGUGGCAACGCCAAGGCAGGGCAGAAGGCAGUCGCCAAACGCGAAGCCAAGCGACAGGCCGCACAACCUAAGGCGGACAAGGGCAAAGACCACGACAGGAUGGCCAAAUUACUUCGCUCUGCCAAACGAAAUCCCAAUGCCACCCGCGUUUUCGCUCACUGGCAACCAGACGGCUAUUGGUACCCCGGCAUUGUCAAGUGUUACCAAGAUCCUACCCAUUGGGUCGUAAAAUUCGAUGACAACAACGAAGCACACCUCUCCAUCGAACAAAUGCGCCUUGCCGAUCUGCGAGUUGACGACGAGGUGUGCUAUGGAGGGUCCAAGGUCUUUUUCUCGGUCACCAAUGUCGAUAAGCUCGCCAAGGGGCUAAUCACUGUCCGUACACCUCAAGGGGAAACGGAACUGCCUGUGAAGGAUAUUCGGAUCUCUCCCACGACGAUAAACGUAAAGUGGAAGGAUCGCAUGGUCGAUCCGGAAUUGAUCCAACCUUAUCUGGAUAACGUCCAUGGCCAGCAGUCUCCAUCCCAAGGCACCAACGUUCUCUGGAAGACAGCUGUAGUCCUGACUUCGAGUGUAAACAACGCCAGCCAGAACAAGGAGUCGUUCAUGACUGCCAGCCAAAAAACCGGUGCCAUCAUCGUGGAAGAUCUGGUUUCCUUUUUCAAUAUGACGGGUGAAUGGCAAGAAGCAGGGAAGAGAUGGGUCAUCAAGAAGCAGGAUGUUGAACUCAACCGCAAGGACAUUUGUCGCUUGUUCCUUCUCGCGGAUGGUGCCAACCAGAAGCCCAAAUAUCUGAUGGCCCUCGGACUGGGAAUCCCAUGUUUGUCGCUUAAGUGGUUGGAGACCUGUGCUGCUGAGAACGAGGAUGUAGACUGGCCGCCCUUUUUGCUACCGCAGGGGCAGUACAACGAUUCUUGCCUUACCCAGAUGGUGGACUUGAACUGGGGAACCAGCGCAUACCACUUGGCUAAUAUCAUGGACAACCCUGCCCCCAUGAAACUUAUGAAAGGCACGUCGGUGUUGUGCGUUGGUCAUGACAUCUUUCCGCAACCAAAAGGCAAAUCACACCCCAACAAUGAGCAAGGGUUCCAAGAUGGUAUCAAUUACUGCACUCGCAUUAUCCUUGCCAUGGGUGCCGACAGUGUCGAGGCAGUCCUCAACCCAGACUUUGCCAGCCGCGGAUUUGAUGACUACACCUACAUUGUCACCAGGGCGCCGCCCGCCGAGAAUAAGUGGCCGGAACUUCCUCGCUCAAGAUUGGUGGACUGGAGCUGGGUCAAGUCCUGUCUCAUUGCCAACCGAUUGCUGCCAACUCCGGAGUUACCUCAACAAGAGCACUCGCAAGAAGUAUAA